AUGGCUGUCGCUGAAGAUGCGUUCAAACUCCUCGGUAGAGUUGCUGAUGCUUUCGACGAUCCUUCCUCUCGCGAGUCACGAAAAGACUUCCGCGUAAACACCAUCAAGAUACGCAAGCCCCAGACAAGUCGCUCCAGUCAAGAAAGUCAAGUUCAGCAUGCUUACUAUGCCCGCCGUGAGCCCUCUUUCUUCGACAUCAGCUACAUCUACGACGAUGACGAACUCGCCGAUAUGGCAUCGAUGACUGCAAACCGUUCAUGCGCGUCGUCAUCUGAGACAAUCAAAAGCCUCGCCGGAAUCACCUCGCAUGACGAUGCGUUCUAUGUUUGCGAUGAUACGGUUGCCUUGGAUGAAUCACCAUGCAGCGAAAUGACCAAGAUGCUUUCUCCCAGCAGCAGUCCGCUCGAUAGACUCAACAACCUUGCCCGUGCCGAACUCAAGAAGACCGGCUGGUUCGAACGACCUGACCAGUGGUCCAUCGUCAACAUGGGCCUUUCAAGUCCAAUGACGCACACACGUGGACCCAUAUCUCCCCAAAAAACACCUCCAGCCACCCUCUCGAUUCUCCCCUCCAUCACCACCGUCCCGCUUCCAUCCUUUGCCCAAAUACCGUCCCCGGAUUCACCCAUGCAGACGCAUUCCCCCGCCUCCUUCAAAGCCAGUACCCCAAACGGCAAAUACAGCUCGAGCUCGCGUGAUAGUUUUCCUGACUUUAGCACGCUAUCGUACGCCCCACGCAGCGAACCCGAGCCACCGCGACGUUUCGGUGUGAGUAGCCGCGUCAAGCAGCUCAUGAAGCGCGUCUUGCACGUCAACGUCGGCGUGCAUCCAAGCAGGAGAUCAAGACAAUCUUUGCUUGUGGGAGUGGGCUUGCGGCCCGCUUCUAUGGCCGGAGCGUCUUCGGGUACGUGGGCGUUUGCUAGUAUUGGAUCUACGCAUACUCAAGCGGGGAAUCGAUGGAGUGGACUUUGGCAUUGA